AGCGUGGUACACUGACAUGCGAGUCGACUUCAGUGUGCCAUCGUCGUUGCCGACAGCCACCGCAUCACCUGAAUGUGCCACAUUAACCACCAUCCAAGGCCCAGGCUUCGGCUGCCGACGUGACAACCAGUGGCAGUGCCGAGACGGCAGAUGCAUCGAUGCCAGGCGCAGGUGCGACCUCAACAGAGAUUGCAACGAUGCGAGUGACGAAGACAGUGACACCUGCACUAGUGUGCCUACUUUGAUCAUGAACGUCGGGGACACGGUGCUGGCUCGGAUGAAGCAUAAGGAAAAUUACCACGGCGUGCGCUUCCUCAUGUGCUCCAACGACUCCUGCAGCUGCCUGACCGUUUCCGGGGAGGGCUCCAGUGGGCUGUUGGCCCUCGUUGCUAAGGCAGAGUGUAAUUCUAAAGGAGUUCUCUCAAAACGAGGAUUUUCCUACCGCCAUAUUGGUCUUCAAACUUCGCAGGACAGAAUCUAUGCUACUUCUUCGCAUACAAGGAUACAAGGCUUCCUACGUCCCAAUCGAUCGGGACUACAAUGUCCUGAGCAUUCGACCAGACUAUUGGCUGAGCGACAUGCCUGUGGAAUUCAAAGCCGUCUCCUCACGUCAAGUGUUGCUGCAAUGGUAAAACCAAAGCGUAACUCUAUGGUUGAGUCAAGCAUAAAGUUGCUUGAGGGCGUUACGCGGCGUUACGCUUGAAAUGAAGCGUAGACCAGAAAUUCUCCUCUGCUUAUUUUGACGGAUGAGGCUGUUGCGCUCGCUUUCAAGCAUAAACUGAGUACGCUGG